AUCUGGAAAACUCUUAUUAUGGGUGCUCUAAAAUGUCUGGCACCUCAAUUAUGAAUAAAAGAUUACCGUAAAAAAUACGGGCGUGACACAGUUCUGGCUGCGGCACGAGGCGGGAGAUGGUUAAAAAGACGAGUCGUGCGUCGCACGCGCAAACGCAUGUUGCGAUGACCGGCGUCGCGUGGUGGACGUGCGCGCUGCUGGCGGUCGCGAGCGCGCGCAUUUACGAGCGCUGCGAGCUCGCGCACGAGCUGCAGCGGCUGGGCGUCGCACGGGAACACAUACCCACGUGGGUGUGCAUUGCGUACCACGAGUCGCGGCUCGACACGGCCGCGCACAACCCCGUCAGCGGCGACCACGGCCUGCUGCAGAUCAGCGAGCUGUUCUGGUGCGGACCCGGCAAGGCGUGCGGAGUGCCCUGUGACGCCUUCCGCGACGAUGACAUCGCGGACGACGUGGAGUGCGCGUUGCAGAUCUACGAGGAGCACACCCGCCUGCAGGGCGACGGCUUCCUGGCGUGGGUCGUGUACCCGCUCUACUGCAAACACACCACCAAGAAAUAUCUAGCUGAAUGUGAUAAUUACGUCAAGAAUACUACUUUGAAAUCCGAAGAUAAACCCAGUGCUCGUGCUUUUAGCAAUACAAACUUCUCAUUUACACAAAAUCCUAAAAUAGAUGAAUUAAAACCGCCGUAUUUGGCGAUAAGCUCAUUAUUGCGAGAUAGGCAGCGAUAUAACUCGAUCCCAACAAAAAGAGAUUGGGUGAAUUAUAAAUUCGAUAAUAUAGAUGAGCUGAGACUGCCUGUGUUUGGUACGAGCUUUAGUACUCCUGCUUCGGUGAUCACAUCGCCUGCUACAACUAUGACAACUUAUAAACCUCCAGUACCUGUGACAAAUAGACCAACAACGCGAUUUAUAUUCACUACACCUGCAACGGUCGAGGCGACAACACGCAGCAGUUACCCCACGACGACGUCUAAACCGACAACCAGGUUUACAUUUGCAACAUCGCCUGCAACUUCCAAGCCAACAACGCGCAGUUACUCGCAGUCCACCACCCCUCAGCCUUUACAAACGUUUACAACAAGCAGAUCGACACCACGUCCUACAUUUAAAUCCACGACACCUGCAACUGUGACAUUAACAACUCCAGCCAUAUUUAAAACGACACGUGCCUCAUUUACGACCCCAACUGUUAGUUCUACAACGCCCGCCACCUUUAGAUCCACAACACCUCCCAUUUUUAGUACAACGAAGCGUUCAUAUUACACUUUAGCUCCUCUCCAAGUAACUACCUUAAAGGCCCGUGGCUUAGCAUUACCGGAAACUCCCUUCAGAAGAAUCGAGACGAAUCAGCUUAAAAGUAAGGUGAAAACUACGACGUCAGCCCCUAGUACUACUACCUUCAGCACUCUGCCUCCAUUUACAACGUCUAAAUACAGAGUUUCGACAGGAUAUUUUACAACUCAACGACCUCUCUCCUUCGGCAUCCUGACAUCAACUACAGCGAGACCUAUACAUACAUUUAAAUCUUUCACGACGCCAAAACCUUUUCCGCAAAUGACUACAAAAGCGGAAAGAAUUUAUGACUUCAUCGAUCAAGAAAAGAAAACAACUCUGUCCAUAUUCGAUCUUUAUUUGAAACCUACAAGACGACCGAAAUUGCUACCAUUCAGCGUCCAUACAAUAAACAGUCCUUAUAAAUUGAGUAUAUUUUCCGGCGGAACCACUGCUGCUCCCACAGCGAACACAGGGGACGCUAAAACACCGACCGGAGGAGCCUCACGUAAUCAUUUCCGAAGACAAAUUUCUACUUCUGAAUAAUGAGGUCAAGAGCGGAUAAAACGUAUUGUGAACAAAGUUGUGAUAGUUUUGUAUAAGUUUAUAUUGUUGUGAUUGUAAAUUAAUUAUUUAUUCGUAUGCCAAUAAAUCAUGUCUAUAAUUAUA